GCGAGCGCGCGCCGACGGCCUUUUCCGUUUUUAAGGCACUUCCGGUGGUGUCCCGCCGUGCUCUGCGCGGCCGGUAACAGGAAGCAGUACGAUGUCUGGCUGGGAGCGGGAGGCCACGCGGGCUGGGUCCGGAUCCGGGGCCGGAGACGGGAGGAUCUAUGUGGGUAACCUGCCCGCCGACGUGCGGGAGAAGGAGCUGGAGGAUCUGUUUCACCGCUAUGGCCGGAUCCGGAGCAUCGAACUGAAAAACCGCGGAGGGAGCAGCGCCGCACCGUUCGCCUUCAUCAGUUUCCUGGACCCCCGGGAUGCAGAGGAUGCUGUAUUUGGACGGAAUGGAUAUGAUUUUGGCUCCAGUCGACUGAGGGUGGAGUUCCCACGUUCGUUCCGGGGCUCUGGUGGUGGUGGUGGCGGCGGUGGUGGAGGAGGAGGAGGAUAUGGAGGGCCUCGUGCAAGAAAUGGGCCUCCUUCUCGUAGGUCUGAAUAUAGAGUCCUUGUCUCAGGUCUUCCUCCAUCGGGCAGCUGGCAGGAUCUGAAAGAUCACAUGCGAGAAGCUGGGGAUGUCUGUUAUGCUGAUGUACACAAAGAUGGAAUGGGAAUAGUUGAAUUCAUACGCAAAGAAGACAUGGAAUAUGCAUUGCGUAAACUGGAUGACACAAAAUUCCGGUCUCAUGAGGGUGAAACGUCUUACAUAAGAGUCUGCCCUGAAAGAAACACCAGCUACUCGCGAUCCAGAUCCCGUUCAAGAGGGCGUGAUUCUCCUUAUCAAAGCCGCCGUUCUCCCCGCUACGCCUCUCCUUUCCGACCGUACUGAGCUGCCACAGGGACACUUUCUACGAAUUUAUUCUUAAGGCCAUCUGCUCUUACAUUCCACAACUGAUGGAUUUCAUCAACUGUCUUUUAUACCAUAAUUUUCCCACUUAGAUUUUUCUUUUAUGCAGUGUGUAUUCUUGGCAUCAGAUGUGUUUUUGAGAUUUUGUUUUUAGUUUAGAGUAAGGAAAAUGUAUAUUCUAAGGCAGAAGAUAUGUGCCUAAUGUGGUGUCCUGUGCUUAAUUUUGCACAGUGAGGGAUAGUUAUACUGAGAUCAACAGUCCAGUGGAAUGUUAUGGCACUGGGACAAACAAGGGAAUAAAUGCUUGUCCUAUAACUACAUCUCCCCAUCUGUUAGAACAAUAUUAUUUCAAAUACCCUUUUAACCCAAUUCUCAAAUCAAGUUUGUAUGUAUUUUCCUUUUAUUACGAAAGUGUUUCAGUUAAAUAAACAAACCAUCUGUAGCUGUCCAAAUAAAUGGAAAUUUUGGUCCUUGGAUUUUAA